AUUAAGUACGCACAGAUGUGGAAAUUGACGAGAACUUGUUGUACACUCCCGUGCUGAUGCGAAACUAACGCACGAAUUUCGGUUUCAAACAUUUCUUUCGCCUAAUUUGGCAUUAUUGCCAAGUGACUUUCCGUUGAAACAGAGAGAAGGCGGCGAAUUACUUCUCAGAGUUCGUACGGAGCAACUAGUGUGACCUCUAUUUUGAAUAUCGCGAUAUUUUAACACGAUUGAGGAGUACGGAACGGAUAAUGGGAAAUGCGGUAAUAGUUUCCGUCCGUCGCUUUCGACCAAGAAUAAAGUUUCGGAGACCAUUUCAUGUGGUCAUGUUGGGACUCGACAAGAGUGGAAAAACUGCCAUUUUGUAUCGAAGUAAGUGGAAAGACUGGAAGGAAAGAAUUGUUCCGACUCCAGGGUUUAAUGUAGAAACUGUUCGACCGUCUAAAGACUUAAGGUUUAAAAUUUGGGAUGUGAGCGGAAAAGAACAUCUACGUCCGCUUUGGAAGGCAUACGUGCGGAAAACGGACGCAAUUAUUUUCGUUGUUGAUAGUGCAAAUGAGGAUAGAAUAGAGGAGGCGAAGGAAGAACUAUUCAAUCUUGUUAACUCCGCUCAAAUAAACGGAGCACCGAUUUUGAUAUUCGCGAACAAACAAGAUUUACCGAACGCGUCAGCCCCAAUGGAGAUUUUAACUAAAUUAUCGCUUCAUAAUCUCAGUUCUAAUCAUUUGUGGCAUCUGCAACCGACCUCGGCUGAAUGUGGAGAUGGCAUUUUAGAGGGUCUGCGUGUUUUAUCGGACUUGAUAGCACAGUGGAAAUCUGACAUUAAAAACUUAAAGAGCGGCCAGCGACAAAGAAAAUUGGCGGCUUCGAGAAGUAACUCGGCCAACAAUAUUUUGGCAUAGAUGUUCGGCGCAAACUAGUUAUUGUUUAGAAUGGCCUUUUUUAAAAGUACUUUGACUCAACAAGAAAUUUAUUCGUUAAAUCUUGUACUGUCAUCGAAGUACCGUUUAUUUAUUGUCAUGCGGAUUAAUUUUCGAUCUACGAAAGUUUCCAAUUAAUUGGUUCGCUGGAAGUGUACUUUACAUUCACCACGAUGCGAACAUGAUUUAGCCAAACGAUUCGACUCUUUAACUUUUCACUAACCGUUCAUUUUCAUCAGUUGAAGGAAACGGAUAUUAAGGUAACUUAUCGCCAAGUUAUCGCAUCUGCCAAGUUUUGACUUUUGAGGAAACUUCAACACUUACGUUGUGGAUAUUCUAAUGUUUACGUUUGUGAUAAUAGUUAUCGUUUUGAAAUCCCGUGACUUUGUUGCCGUGAACUCUUUACCAAGGCUUUUCCUCGGUGGCGAAAUUGAUUAUAUCAAGAAAUGAAAGGCUAUUUAUUAACUAAUACCAUCUUUUAACGAAACGAGUUAACUUAAUGCAAUUUAUUGUUUGUUUGGAAUACUUCUGAUAAUUAUAUCAGCGUGCCGGUAAACUCAGACACUAGGUCAAAAAAUUACUUGUUAAGCAGCACCCUUUUCGUCGGUUCGCUUUACAAAAUGGCGUUUAUUUUAUCGAGAACGGUUUUUUUAAUAUUAUGUAUCGUGUUCGAAUUGCUGCUUUGCUAACAAUAAUUAUUUCAGCCUUGCACUCUGCCAAAGUGUAUUUAUUUUGAUUGUUAAGACUAUAAAUU